GUGUCGUGAACGCACCCUACAUUCUGUCCUUCAGACUGUGAACGUAAUUGUGGUGUACUUUGUCCAUGAAAAUCCAAACAUCAACUUUAUCUUCGUUCUGAAUCUUGAACAAUCUACGUGUUACAAUAAUACAGUAUUUAUAAUUAUUUUGUCCUUGCAUCAAUUGCAAGAACUAGCUUUGAGAAAGUUAAUUGAUUAACGUAUUAACAAUAAGGCGUUUUUUCCUUUUUUAAUUUUCUAGAGUUUGAUGCUACAUCUGUGCUGAUAGAAGUCAAUAAUAAAUAAGAUAUAGAAAUGGCAUUUCGUGAGCUAGUGGAGGGUGAUUGUGGAAAUUCCAGUUCGUUGUUAGGUUUGGCAUCACAUUAUGUAAACAACCACGGGUUUAAAGAAGAAGGUAUUCAGCAAUUAUGUGGGCCAUCGAACCUGCAUCAACCAGUGACUGGAGAUGAAUUAGUUAAAGAAUUCUUAGGAGAAUCAUCUUGUCCACAAACAUUCCGAAUGAAUAAUUUGCUACAAGAAAUGAAAAUAAUUGAGCAAAAUAUCUCUCAUCCUAUGGUGGUACCUAGAAACAUUAUGGUAUCAAAUAAUUCUGAUGUAAAUUGGAUAACUGAAUAUACCAAAUCUAAAGAGGAUAUGGUGAAUACAGACAUGCAGUUGACCAAAACUUAUCCUGAUAUCUGCUUUGGACCAGAAUGGACAGAAGAAUAUAUAGAACAGAAUAUAGAUCGCACACAGAAUGCUGUAAUAAGUAGCAAUUCAGAGCAAUUUCAGAUUUCAGAAGAUUUUAAAAGAGAAUAUCUUGAAUUGCAACCAGAUAUUUUGGAAUUUAUGAAAGAAUAUGAUAUAAACCAACAAAGAAGACAUCUUGAUUCCCUUCGUGAUGACAAUACAAUCUUGAACAAGGUAGAAGAGGAAUUAGAAGCUGCAGGUACAUGGACAAAUGAAUUUAUAAAAGAGGAUGCUUCAUCAGAAAAUGCAGAUUUCAAUCACUGGGAAGAAUUAGAAAAACAAUGGGAAAAAUUGGAUAACACUGAUUUUUUUCCAUUUAGCAUGUCAAAUGAUUCUGCUUCUGAGGUAUAUGAAUUUCAACAGACAAAUCCUAUGAAAGAUUUGCCAAAUGCUUUGGAAGAAGGUAAAAAGCGAUUAAAAAUGGGAGAUUUGCCAAGUGCUGUACUUUGUUUUGAAGCAGCUGUGCAACAGGAAGAAAAUAAUCCUGAAGCUUGGUAUCUUCUUGGAAGAGCACAGGCAGAAAAUGAACAAGAUCCUUUUGCCAUUCCUGCCUUAAGACGUUGUUUAGAUUUAGAUCCAAUGAAUGGUGCUGCUCUCAUGGCAUUAGCUAUUUGUUAUACAAAUGAAUGUCAGCAAAGGCAAGCAUGCAUUAUGUUGAAAGAAUGGCUAUUGAAAAAUGAGAAGUAUAAACAUCUAGUUGCAGAAUCUUCGGAGAAACUCGAACAACAUCCAGGCUCACCUAGCAUAUUAUUAGACAACGCUCUACGGAGAGAAGUUCAACAAUUGUAUAUCCAAGCUGCAAGAAUGAAUCCUCAUGUUGAAAUUGACCCAGAUGUACAGUGUGGAUUAGGGGUAUUAUUGACGUUGAUGAGCGAGUAUGAGAAAGCUGCAGAUUGUUUUCAAGCAGCUUUAGGAGUACGUCCUGAGGAUCCUGGAUUAUGGAAUAGAUGGGGUGCUACUCUAGCUAAUGGACAACGGUCUGCAGAGGCUAUAGAUGCGUAUCGACGUGCCUUAGAAUUAUCGCCUGGGUUUAUUAGAGCACGUUACAAUCUCGGCAUAUCUUGCAUUAAUCUUGGAGCACAUGCGCAAGCAGCUGAACAUCUUUUGAUAGCCUUAAAUCAGCAAGCUUCAGGAAAAGACACAGAGGGUAAAACUGUAUCUUUUGAAGCAAAUAUGUCGAGAACAAUAUGGUCUACUUUAAGAUUAGUAGUAGCAUUAAUGGACAAAGUUCACUUGAUAGAAUCUGUGGAGAACAGAAAUUUACAAAAAUUAAAUGAGGAAUUUGGAAUUGUGUGGAAUCCGCAUGCGUAAAUGAAUUUAUAAAAGUUAAUAUGGUAAUGUCAAUAUUUUAGGUGUGGAUAAUUGUGAAGAUAAUUAUAUUUUUAUUUUUGAAUAUGGGUAGAAUAUAUGGAUGAUUAAUAAUAAAUAUUCCA